GUCCACGGUGCGGGCAACCGGCCGACGCUCUUAAACUUUCGCUCCCCUCUCGCUCUCAUCUCCUCUCCUCUCGCUCUCGUCUCCUCUCCUUUCCCUCCCUCCCAGUCUCUGUCGCUAUCUCUCCGUCUCCGCCGUCGCCGGGAAGCUCAGCACCAUGGACACCCGAAGGCAGGUGGUGAACUUCGGGCCGGGGCCGGCCAAGCUGCCGCGCUCGGUAUUGCUGGAAGUAGAGAAAGAAUUGUUGGACUACAAAGGACUUGGGAUAAGUGUUCUUGAAAUGAGCCAUAGAUCACCUGAUUUCUCGAAAAUUGUUACUACAACAGAGAGCCUUAUCCGUGAAUUGCUGAUUGUCCCUGACAACUACAAAGUGAUUUUUGUGCAAGGAGGUGGAUCAGGCCAGUUCAGCGCGGUCCCGUUGAACCUGAUCCGGCUGAAAGAAGGGCGGUGUGCCGACUACGUGGUUACGGGAGCCUGGUCAGCCAAGGCAGCCGAAGAGGCCAAGAAGUUCGCCACUGUGAACGUGGUUCAUCCCAAACUUGAGAGUUACACGAAAAUUCCUGAUCCAGGUAGCUGGAACCUGAACCCAGAUGCGUCCUACGUGUAUUACUGUGCGAACGAGACUGUCCAUGGAGUGGAGUUUGAUUUUGUACCGGACGUCAAGGGAGCGGUCCUGGUCUGUGACAUGUCCUCAAAUUUCUUGUCCAAGCCUGUGGAUAUCUCAAAGUUUGGGGUCAUUUUUGCUGGUGCUCAGAAGAACGUUGGUUCAGCUGGAGUCACAGUGGUUAUAAUACGGGAAGACUUGCUGGGAUUUGCACUGAAAGAGUGCCCAUCAGUAUUAGACUACAAAGUGCAAGUUGGGAAUUCUUCCUUAUACAACACGCCUCCAUGUUUCAGUAUCUACGUCAUGAGCUUGGUCCUGGAGUGGAUAAAGAACAGUGGAGGUGCUACAGCUAUGGAGAAGCUGAGCAAAAGCAAAUCACAAAUGAUCUAUGAUAUUAUUGAUAAAUCCCAAGGAUUCUAUGUAUGUCCAGUGGAAAAACAAUACCGAAGUAGAAUGAACAUUCAGAUCCACAUUGGCAGUGUGGAAGGAGAUGACAACUUAGAAAAACGGUUUCUUGAUAAAGCUCUUGAACUGAACAUGAUCUCUUUGAAAGGGCAUAGGUCCGUUGGAGGAAUACGCGUUUCUUUGUAUAAUGCAAUCACAAUGGAAGAUGUUCAGCUCCUGGCAACAUUCAUGAAGAGUUUUAUGGAGACACACCAGCUCUGAAAACUCUGGAAUGAGCAGAAAAUGCACCUUUUGAAAAUUCUUCAGGGUUUAAAAAUAAAUGUGGCACAGUUAUAGAAAUGAACAAAUAAGCUAUUUUCCCCUGAUUAACAUGUCUGUCGUAGCUUUUUUUUCCCGCUACGAUAGUGUAGUUUACAUUUGCAAAGCUGUUGCUUAAAUUACCAGGAUAAUUCUGGCUAGUACUGUAAGAUUUCUAAAGAUUUCUAAAGUCUUGCUUCUCCCUGUUUUUUCCCCAGUUUCACAUUGUUCUUUCAUCUCUGCUUUCUUUUCGGUAAAUCUUAAUAUGUAAACUUUGCUGCAUGCUUAGCUCUGUAUAUUGGAUUCAACUGACCCUUUCUGUAUUCACACACUAAGGUGGACGUGAACAAAUGCUAAACGUGACCAAGUGUUAGCUAAAUACAUUCCAAGUGCACAUCAUUAGCAGCCUUAGGACUGUUCGUUUAGACCCAAAUUUAGCUAUGUAACGCAGAGCUUCAGGUCAGGGAGCACAAUUCGGGCUCUACUGGGAUCUUAAAGAGAUAAAACUGACAUAAGAUUUGUUUCUCCAUCGACGAAGUCGUAAUUCCAUCUACACGGUUUAUGUUUCAGCAGUGAUGUAGUUAGAAACGUUAAUGUAGCGUCAAAGUCCAUGAGUAUCCUUGCAAAAGGAACUUUUUGCUUCUUUUCUGCUCCGAAAUAAGGUGUGGUGGUUUGGGUCUUUCCUCUGAAGAUAAUGGGAAAGGGGUUUUUGGCUUCCUUCCCCAAAACUAAAGUCUCAGGUGAAGUGGCUAGUUUUUCAGUUAACUUGACGUUUCCACUUUAUUCUGACUGAUUGGUACGAUACUGUGAGUUGUAGUCACCGUUCUGGGAAGACUGUUUCCCAUCUUGUUUAUCUACUUGUCAGUAUUUUAUGUUGCAGAGGUGAAGCACAUUAAAGUCUUAAAACAAA